AUGCCCGACGGGUCCGACCGAGCAUUCGAAAACAGAAAACUAUUUGAACAGUUUCUUCAAGAGAAACUGAACAUACCAAGACCAGAAUGGAACUCGUUAGCAGAACUUGGCCGGGAGAAAACGCCUUUCCUAUUUGAAACUUGCCAUUUUUGCGGCGGCUAUCCAGACGUGGUCAAGAAUUGCUUUCCCGCUCCAAAUACACCCUGCGCCCAGGCUGAAAUGAGGAAGCAUAUCAAGCAACAUAUGGAAGAGAUUGCUCUAUACUUGCUGCCUGUCAUGGACGACGUGGUCGAUGAUGCACCCGGGGAGGACAACAUGAGUGAUGAUGCUGUUGGCACACAGCGUCAUGGUUUGGACGAAUUGAGUGCCGUCACCUGGCGCACGACGCCACAGCAAGAACAUUGCGAUUCUGAGGAUCGAGUGGAGUCCACGAAUACAGUUGACGGACAAUUACAGUCUGACUUUGAGAUGGAGGCUCAGCCUAAUCAUCCCGGCAAGAAGAAUCAUGGGCUCGAGGGGUCCAAAGAGAACAAGAACGGGGGCAAAUCAGCCCAGGGAUGCGUUGCUUGGAGCGAUUGGUCAAAGUUGCCGUCAAGCUCGUCCCCUGAAUAG